UGUCGAGGCUCCCGUAGGAGCCGCAGGCAGAGCCGCCGAGACGGAGCUGGCAGCCGACGUCCCGCGGAAAGGAUGGCCGAGAGGCUGGAGAAGGUGCCCAUCGCACUGGCCGAGCCGGAGGACGGGGAGCCCGCCCCGAUGCCCCCCGCAUACUCAGCUGUGAUGGCAAAACCCUCUAGUACAAGGCGGCUGCUCAGGAUUGGGGCCAUGGUGCUUAUCGGCGGAGCCAUCCUCCUACUCUUUGGGGCCAUGGGAGCCUUUUACUAUUGGAAGGUGACUGACAAAGAGGUAUACAAUGUCCAUUACAUGAUGAGUAUUAAUGGGAAGGCACAAGAGGUGUCAAUGGAAAUAGAUGCUGUGAACAACCUGGAAACCUUUAAAACUGGAAGUGGUGAGGAAGAGGCUAUUGAAGUUUACGAUUUUCAGACUGGCAUAAGUGGAAUUCGUUUUGCUGGAGGAGAAAAAUGCUACAUUAAAGCCCAAGCUAAAUCUCACAUCCCUGAAGUCAGUGCAAUGACCAAAGAGAAACUCUCUUUGGAUCUGGGUGAAAUUAUGCCAGCUAAAUUUGCUGAAAAUUCGCUAAUCUGGGUCGCUGCAGGUCAACCUAUAAAGAACAAUAAUUUUCUGAGUCCCAAAAUUUUAGAGCUCUGUGGAGAUCUACAGAUAUUCUGGCUUCGGCCAUCCUAUCCAAAAGUCAGGCAGAGAAGAAAGAGAGGAGCUAUGCGGCAAGCACGCCAAGCUCAGUCAAACUUGGAUCUGGAUCAGUUCAACGCUGCUGCUGAAGAGGUGAAUACGAGGCCACGAACCACCCAGCGGACUCAGCAGCGUAGACGGCAAUCUAACACUACCCGGACUUCUGAGCAGGACACCCAGCCAGCCUUUAACCCAGACAAUCCUUACCAUCAGCUGGAAGGGGGUGAAGGGAUGACCUUUGAUCCACGGCUAGACCAUGAAGGAGUCUGCUGCAUUGAGUGCAGACGGAGCUACACACAUUGCCAGCGGAUCUGUGAACCUCUCCUGGGAUACUACCCGUGGCCUUAUAACUACCAAGGCUGCCGUUCCGCUUGCCGGCUGAUCAUGCCCUGCAGCUGGUGGGUUGCUCGCAUCUUGGGUGUGGUAUAAAGGAAGAGGGAAGUGCAGGAGGCUGUCCUGGGCAACCAAACAGAAGCAAGAAUAUCUCUGCAAGUGAAUCUGUUUGUAUGUAUGUUAAAUUAUCCCAGAAAGUGACAUUGGCUGAUGUAGAUGUAAGUAAAGUUAAAACCUCAUGUUAAUAUUUUAUUAGUUUUACAAAUAAAGUAUUGUAAACCUA